GUUUGAUGAUAAUUACGAGUACAAGUUUGCAUCAAAAAACUUCCACAGUUCCACACUGCCUUGCCAAUUUCCUUGGACUUUGUUGAGUCAUUGACCACUUGAGCCAAUUGACUCGAGUAUUGGCCGUCGAAACAGGCCAGAAUUAUUAGAAAAAAUAAACAAAAAUAAAAACAGGAAAGUAAAGUUUGCUGAGAUCUACGGAGUAAAACCCUGCACUCGGGGUUUAAGAUUCCCCACACAAGCUUAAUUCUUCAUUCUUCGUUCCUCCAUUACUCAGGAGGAAAGCUACAAUGGUUGCAGGUCCACUUCUCCGUUCCUUAUUCUCCGCCGCCAGAAAAACCACCACCACCACAUACAAACCCUACUUAAACCCUCGUUACUUUCCUCACCUCCGCCCUUUCUCCUCCGCCUCCACUGCCGCCGCCGCCACCGCCGCCACCGCUGCCGGUAAUAACCUCAAUCCUACCCUAGACCCCUCCCGCCUCCGAAAUGUUGCGGUGAUUGCGCAUGUUGACCAUGGAAAAACCACUCUCAUGGAUCGACUUCUUCGCGAGUGCGGCGCUGAUGUCCCCCAUGACCGCGCCAUGGAUUCCAUUACUCUGGAACGUGAGCGCGGUAUCACCAUCUCGUCUAAGGUUACUUCUGUUCUAUGGAAUGAUAAGAUAUUGAACAUGGUUGAUACCCCUGGUCAUGCAGACUUUGGUGGGGAGGUUGAGCGAGUUGUUGGCAUGGUUGAGGGUGCAAUUUUAGUCGUAGAUGCUGGUGAGGGUCCACUUGCCCAAACAAAGUUUGUUUUGGCAAAGGCGUUGAAAUAUGGGUUGCGCCCUAUACUGCUAUUGAACAAGGUGGAUAAACCUUCAGUAUCUGAAGAAAGAUGCAGUGAAGUGGAAAGCCUUGUGUUUGAUCUUUUUGCGAAUCUUGGUGCCACAGAGGAGCAGCUAGAUUUCCCUGUUCUGUAUGCCUCUGCUAAAGAAGGAUGGGCAUCAUCGGAGUACACCAAGAGUCCCCCUGAAGGAGCUAAGAGUAUGUCACCUUUGCUUGAUACCAUAAUCCGGCAUGUUAUUCCACCGUCAGCAAGCCUUGAUGAUCCUUUCCAGAUGCUGGUCUCAAUGAUGGAAAAAGACUCAUUUCUUGGACGAAUUUUAACGGGACGCAUCUCCUCUGGAGUAAUUCGCGUUGGUGACAAAGUUCAUGGACUGCGUAGCACUGAUACAGGGGUUCAGAAGGUUGAAGAAGGGAAGGUUGUCAAAUUGAUGAAAAAGAAGGGUACUAGCAUUGUUUCUGUUGACAGUGCUGGAGCUGGUGAUAUUAUUUGUAUGGCAGGAUUGGCAAGUCCGUCAAUAGGGCAUACUGUUGCUAAUACCGAGGUAAUGACCACCCUUCCUACUGUCGAGUUAGAUCCUCCAACCAUUUCAAUGACUUUUGGUGUGAAUGACUCUCCACUGGCUGGGAAAGAUGGCACUCAUUUGACUGGUGGAAAAAUUGGUGAUCGGUUAAUGGCUGAGGCAGAAACAAAUCUCGCGAUAAAUGUUAUCCCUACUAUAUCAGAAUCAUUUGAAGUACAGGGAAGGGGAGAACUACAACUCGGUAUCUUAAUAGAGAAUAUGAGACGUGAAGGUUUUGAGCUGUCUGUAUCACCACCUAAAGUCAUGUAUAAAAUUGAAAAUCGUGAAAAACUUGAACCACUGGAAGAAGUAACUAUAGAGGUCAAUGAAGAGCAUGUGGGUUUGGUCAUGGAAGCCCUGUCUCACAGGCGAGGUGAAGUUGUUGACAUGGGGCCUGUGCCUGGUCAUGCUGGGAGAACAAGAUUGUCAAUGAUAUGUCCGUCGAGGGGAUUAGUCGGUUAUAGAAGUGUUUUCUUCAGUGUCACACGGGGAACUGGAUUCAUGCACAGGGCAUUCCAGGCUUAUGGGAAGCACAGAGGCCCAUUGGGGAAUGUUAGGAAAGGAGUACUGGUGUCCAUGGGAUAUGGAGCUAUUACAGCUCAUUCACUAAUGGGUCUGGAAGCACGUGGGAUCCUCUUUGUAACUCCUGGGAUGGAGACAUAUGAUGGCAUGAUUAUUGGGGAACAUUCUCGUGAAUCAGAUCUUGAUGUUAAUCCUGCACGGUGUAAGGAGUUAAAUAACAUACGUGCUGCUUCGAAGGAUGAAAAUGUGAAGCUGUCUCCUCCUCGUCUUAUAACUCUAGAAGAAGCAAUUGGUUAUGUGCAGUCUGAUGAAUUGAUAGAGGUUACCCCCAAAACAAUUCGAUUACGGAAAAAAUAUCUUGAUGUAAACAAACGUAAAACAAUGAGCAAAAAGCCCAAAGAAUGAAUUCUAGUCAAUAUCCGAUGAUAACCAGGGAUAUGAAACUUUUUGAAUUGGGAUGAACCAUAUUCUUGCUGGUACUUUGUCAGAGGGAUUGGCUUGAAGGGCCAUCAAUCGGAGGCAAGUGAAGAGCAAUUGAGAUUAAAGUCCAAGGACUGAAGUUCCCCCACUUGUUCCUGUAUUUUAUUAGGGAUGACACCUCUAGUUAUGAGGAUGAGUCUAGUUUUUGGUAUAGGAAUUUUGUUGUUGUUUUACAAUCAUUUUUGGAAAUAACUGAAAAGCAAUUCAUCACUUGUAUCAAAUUUAAAUUAAUGCCAAUAAAAUUACAAACAGAUGGUUCGUAUACAUGUAAACCAAGAAAAUUGGAGUAUCAAGUUAAGUUAUAAUUUGGAUGUUAGCUGUUGA